GUACCAGUGACUGGUGCCGUACUAUCGCUCGUCGUGUUUUGUUCAGUCUCUUAUCAGUUGUCAUUCGCGUGCGGUCCGUUGUUCACGACAUCGUUUCCUCAUUCCUCAUCUUUCGACGACGUGUUGUACCGUUCUCAGCGAACGCAUUAAAUUCGUUUUGACGACAACGAUAAUCACACACGUCAAAUGAUCUCUACGAGUGUUUUUUAGGUUUUUAUUUUUCCUACCAGUGGCUGAUAUGCCGGCCAAGGUAAAAUGGAAAACCGUUUGCGCUGCGGUAUUGUUGUUGGCCGUCGAACUGGCCACCGGUAUGUUCGUACAGAGACACUGCAAUCAUUUGUACCCCAAGCCAGACGAGGUAAUACAUGGAGUGCACAUUGAAUCACCGCACAUAAUGAGAAAAAGAAGUGUGAAUCAGCCGCUGCGAAUUCUUCUCUAUUACGACGAGAGCGUGUACAGACUUACCGAAGAGAAAUUUCAGCUGAUAAAUAAUACCAUACUACCGGAAGCUGUGCGUUUUUGGGAACAAGCACUCAUGGUUCGCAAAACCGAAAACGUUAUUCGACUCAACCGAAAAUGUGUAAACAAUCAAGUUUUUUAUCGAAAAGGAGAUCCUCAUCCAUACUGCAAGAACGCUUGUGAAGACCGAACGAUGUGUGGUGAAGUACAAGUUCCCGAAGAUCAUUUAGAGGCGUGUAAGACGUGCAACGCGUCGGGCAUGGACUGCGGCACGGGAACGUCGAAAUCAGGCGUAGGCAUCGAAGGAGCUGACUUCGUGUUCUACGUAAGCGCAAUGGAGACGGAACGGUGCCACAAGGGCCUGACAGUGGCAUACGCRGCCCAUUGCCAACAGGAGUCGGCACUGGACCGGCCGAUUGCCGGGCACGCCAACCUGUGCCCGGAGAGCAUCAGCACCAAGCCGCAGGAGCUCGAGGUCCUUCUGUCCACGGUCAAACACGAAAUAUUGCACGCGUUAGGUUUCUCCGUGAGCCUGUUYGCAUUUUACCGGGAUGCCAACGGGUAUCCACUGACUGCCAGGGAAGACAACGGCAAGCCCAGGCUCAACGAGAAACUUCAAGCAAGGCAGUGGAGUGAUAAAGUAAUCAAGACUGUGAUAAGACGAAAUUGGACAGUACACGGUGGCGUGGUAGACAAAGAAGUUCAAAUGAUGGUAACACCAAGAGUCGUUGAAGAAGUUCGAAAACAUUUCAACUGCUCCUAUUUAGAAGGAGCUGAACUGGAAGAUCAAGGGGAAGAUGGUACGGCUCUUACACAUUGGGAAAAAAGAAUUUUUGAGAAUGAAGCAAUGACGGGCACUCACACACAGAAUCCGGUUUAUUCACGAUUAACACUAGCACUGAUGGAAGAUACUGGAUGGUAUAAAGCUAAUUAUUCAUUAGCCCAGGAUCUCAGCUGGGGAAAAAACUUGGGCUGCGAUUUUGUAACAAAAAGCUGUAAACAAUGGAUGGACAUGAAACGUGCCAAAGGCCAAUCCAUCCAUCCGUUUUGUAAUAAAGUGAAAAGAGAUCCUCUAGAAACCGAGUGUACUGAUGAUCGUAGUUCGGUAGCCCUAUGCAACCUAGUCGAACACGUACAACCCUUACCAAACUUCUAUCAGAACUUCGAUUACAUACCACACGUAACAUCCGGUCGUGAAGCAUAUUAUGGAGGAUCAGUAAGUCUUGCGGAUUACUGUCCAUACAUACAAGAGUUUAUAUGGAGAUCGAAAAGUGUGGUAAUAAGAGGAUCACAUUGUCAGUAUCCAGAAAAUAAUCCUCAUCCGGAUAAGAACUUUGCAUUAGAAGUAUACGGAGAUAAUUCUAAAUGUUUUGACCAUACUAAUCAGAUGUGGGAAGAGCAAACGUGCAAACAAGUUAGACAAUGGCAACAUUGGGGCUCUGGAUGUUACGAAUAUAGCUGUCAAAACGGAAGACUUCAUAUUAUCGUGUCCAAUCACACGUACACGUGCUACUUCCCCGGCCAGGAAUUGGUCAUCCGGCUGGUGGCCAACGGUUGGCUGCACAAGGGCGUCAUCGUGUGUCCGGCGUGCGAAGAGCUGUGCGGCGGGUCGGACGACAACAAGUGCAAACCGCCGUCGGACGUGCCACUCACCGUACCGUAUCACCGCGAACAGCUAGCGUGCGGCAGCACGGCCACAGUCUCCGUCACGGCAGCGGCCGUGGUCACCACGGUAACCGUCGCCACGCUGUUACUCAUGAUCUCGACGUGAACAAACAACUACGAUAUGUUAAUAUUAUGUACAUAUCGUAUAUUUUAUCUCACUCUCUCUAUCUCUAUUUAUCUCUAUCUCUUUCAUUAUCUCCUCAUAUAUCUAUCUCUUUCUAUUUUUUGUUCGUAUACCAUCGUGUGUGUAUAUAAUAUUCCGUGUCUGUAUAUAUAUAUAUAUAUAAAUAGUGAUUUAUGAUCGUCAUCGUAGUCGUCAACAUUCCUAAAUUGUUGUUGCACUUUUCCGGAGCGCGAAUGUUAUCGCACUCUGUAGGUUAUUGCGCUGGAUUUAACAAUUACAAAUAUCGACUGCARUGUCGGUGUGUCGAAAACUAUUGUUUUCAAACAACAACAACUUACUAUAAUAUAUUAAUGUUAUUAUAAAUAUUGAGUCAACGCGAUAUGUGGCCAGAAAAACAUUGCACCUCAGUCAAGUCGGUAGUGAUUAACAUAAUCUUAUUUGAUCGGUUCGCGGAUUUUUACGCGCGAUUUAMCGACCAACCGUUCUGCUUCAGACUCUAAAUUGUCUUUACGUUGAUUGGAUUUGAAAUCGCUUAUGCGUGUCCGCGGAUGUUUUACGUUACAUUGCAGAUAAAAAAUAAACAUUAAUAAUAUAGUGAUGAUAUUUAACUUA